UCAUUUCAAUUUUGACAGACAGCGCGUUGGGAAUUUAGUUUAUUGCUGAAGCGAAGUGAAUUGUAGACGCUCUGCAAAGUUGUGAUCAGUUGGACUUAAUAUAUCUUCUGUUUUAGGGAUUUAGACAUCCUCAAACGUCCAUAAACUGUGCCGACGAUACCACAAGUAUUGGUAUUUAUUUUCAAUGCCGAGCAUUGAUAUCCACUAUCCUUGAUUUGAUUAGCGAAACGCCAUGGCAUAAGGGAAGGAAUUUUAGUCACUGGACGUCCGGCGAUUUCGAGUUUGAUAUGCAGUUUUGAUUUCCACGUUAUGCCACUCGCGUGGAAGACGGCUCUGUAUAGAUUUUCGUCGGCUUACAGCGCUGCUGAACCAGAAGACGAAAGACAACCCGUUCGGACAGAGAACCAAGUUAGCACAAAGUUCAUCGUCAUUCUGGUUCUAACCGUCUUCUUUGCCAUCUGCAUUUUCGGCCUUCUCGUCGCCGUCUUAUUCAAAUGGAUACGAAAACGCCGCCAUGAAAAAAUCAAGGAAAAAUUUACCGACUCAGUAAAACCCACGCCGCCGGAGAAACCGCGUCACGUGAAACUCAUGCGUUCUGACAGUUCGGUGUCGGAGAUCGCCGACACAAGUCGGGACUCGUCUUUACCUCCGACGCCUUUGAGUCCACUUAGUGAAGAGGAUAGUCUCUCGUUUCCAUUUGAACGUGGCAGACUCGAGUUUUCAAUCUUCUACGAUCGUGAAAACGAAGUUCUCAACACCACCAUUAUCCAAGCUCACGGACUGCCACAAAGAUCAUGCAUUUUCUACGUCGAGGGAACGCUUCUACCGGAUAUCACCACGCGGCAAAGGACUGGUUUACGACAUCAUAACCCCAGCCCUGUCUUCGAAGAGUGUUUUAAGUAUACGCUACCCUUCGAGGAGUUGCCCGAAAGGACUUUGUGUUUGAAGGCAAUAGAGCUGGAUGGUUUCUCACAGAGGGUGGCUGUUGGGCACUUAUUGUACUCGUUUGAUACCGAGAAUUAUAAUUACAUGGAUAUGAUGAGAUUAGAUUUUGAACUUGGUCGAGGAAAACCUCAGGACGACGCUGACAACGGAAAUAUAGGAGAAAUAUUAAUGUCCCUUUGCUAUUUACCAACGGCUGGCCGUCUUACUUUAGUUGUUCUCAAAUGUCGUCUCUUUCAAGCACAAAAUGGCGUACCAAGUCCAUUCCUUAAGGUUUCCUUAAUGCUGAACAGGAAGCAGGUCAAAAAGAUUAAAACCUCUGUAAAAAGCAAAACUCUAAAUCCCGUUUAUAAUGAAGCCUUCAUCUUUGACGUGCCCACAAAGCAUAUCGGGAACGUUGGCUUGUACGCAAGAGUGGUGAACAAGAGGGACAAUCAGGAGCUAUUAGGGAAAGUGAUUAUCGGCCCGAAUGCUAGGACGAGUAUGGGGGUACACCAUUGGGAAUAUAUGCUUCUGUCACCUCGGAAGCCAAUAGCACAGUGGCACAAGAUUUUGUAGUUACAUAGUAUCUUAAAUUUAAUAUAAUUAUAGGUUAAUCCAUACAGGCAGUUCAUAUAGGGCCUAUAAAGGUAUGUUAAGAUUAUCUCAGUUCUCACGACCUACGAGAUUUUUGGGGUUCGCCUUGAAAAUUCCAAAAUAGAAUUGAGCAUGAAUAUUUCGAAGGCGUCUCGCUAACUCGAUGGCCUUUUCAAUUAGCCAUUUCCCAAUCGAGCAAGGUACUGGGUCUAGUCGCAAACCGCAAAGCAUCAAUGGACUGUUUGGAGGGACAGGAAAUAUAAGUUUGAAGUUUUUGUCCGUCUAAACAGUCUAUAGAUGCUAGACCCAAUAUCUUGCUCGAUUGGGAAAUGGCUAGUUAGAUUUAUUACUUAAUUCUAAUCGUUUACUGAUACUUCAUGUUUAGAAAUGGAUGUUCCUACCCAGCUAGUAUCACCAAGAUUUUUUGCCAGAUUUUUAUUUUUGCAUGCACCCAGCAUUUGAACGCACCUUACUAUCCUCGUUUACUUGGUUUUUUUGCGGGUACGCAGGAAAUUAUAAAUCUGAAAACGUGCUGUCCAGUUCGCACGAAUGCACAAUUAUAGGAGACUCCUUUAAAUUAUAAAAGAUAAUAAACUUACGAUCGAGUUUUCUUUUUAUAGUUAUUUUUGUACAAGUAUAAUCAUUACCUUGCAGGUGUCAAUUUUUUUGGUCCUCUGAUAAUUUAUUAGGUAAUUCAAUGACAUUGUUUAACUCCUGUAAUAUUUCGUACAUGUGCAAAAAAUUUUUUU